AAGGGUGGGGGCGGGGGUAGGGGAAGCCAAUCCCGGCAGCGCCAAAGGGGGGAGGCGGCGGUGACAGCCGCGGGGAGGGGGCGGGAGGAGAGAGGCGGCUCGGCUCCGCUCCACGCUCAGCUCUGCUCUGCCUCCGGCUCUGCGCUCACCUGCUGCCUAGUGUUCCCUCUCCUGCUCCAGGACCUCCCGGUAGACCUCAGACCCCGGGCCCUUUCCCAGACAGCCUCAACCCGGACUCCCCCAGCCCCGACAGUGCACUAGGCCGCCAGGGGGCGCCGUGUGAGCGCCCUAUCCCGGCCACCCGGCGCCCCCUCCCACGGACCGGGCGGGAGCGGGGCGCCGGGGGCCAUGCGGGGCCAGGGCCGCAAGGAGAGUUUGUCCGAUUCCCGGGACCUGGACGGCUCCUACGACCAGCUCACGGACAGCGUGGAGGAUGAGUUUGAAUUGUCCACCGUGUGUCACCGGCCUGAGGGUCUGGAGCAGCUGCAGGAGCAAACCAAAUUCACGCGCAAGGAGUUGCAAGUCCUGUACCGGGGCUUCAAGAACGAAUGUCCCAGCGGAAUUGUCAAUGAGGAGAACUUCAAGCAAAUUUACUCCCAGUUCUUUCCUCAAGGAGACUCCAGCACCUAUGCCACUUUUCUCUUCAAUGCCUUUGACACCAACCAUGAUGGCUCGGUCAGUUUUGAGGAAAUGCUUGACAUCAUGAAGUCCAUCUAUGACAUGAUGGGCAAGUACACAUACCCUGCACUCCGGGAGGAGGCCCCAAGGGAACAUGUGGAGAACUUCUUCCAGAAGAUGGACAGAAACAAGGAUGGUGUGGUGACCAUUGAGGAAUUCAUUGAGUCUUGUCAAAAGGUACAGCUCCAUGCCCUCUACAUUACCCUGACCUGGACUCAGGCCUGAUUUAGUAAUGUAGGGAAAAACUUCUUUGGGCAGAAUACCACCUCCCCACCUCACCCCCACAUUUCAAUCCUAUUCCUUUGUGGGAGGCUUACCCCUUCCCUACCUCAGGUCUCUCUGGGCAUCUCCUUCCUCUGUGCCUUUGAAUGUCCCCAUCUGUGACUCAGUGUCCCUCUCCCUGUCUCUGAUAAGCUCCUUCUCUUUCUGUCUCUUCAAUCUGCCUCGCUCACACCAUGGCCACAGGAUGAGAACAUCAUGAGGUCCAUGCAGCUCUUUGACAAUGUCAUCUAGCCCCCAGGAGAGGGGGUCAGUGUUUCCUGGAGGGACCAUGCUCUAACCCUAGUCCAGGUGGACCUCACCCUUCUCUUCCCAGGUCUAUCCUUGUCCUAGGCCUCCCUGGGGGCUGGAGGGAUCCAAGAGCUUGGGGAUUCAGUAGUCCAGAUCUCUGGAGCUGAAGGGGCCAGAGAGUGGGCAGAGUGAAUCUUGGGAGGUGUUCCCAACUCCCACCAGCUCUCACCCGCUUCCUGCCUGACACCCAGUGUUGAGAGUGCCCCUCGUGUACGAAUUGAGUGGUUCCCCACCUCCUACCCCCAUUCUAGAAACACACUAGACAGAUGUCUCCUGCUAUGGUGCUUCCCCCAUCCCUGACUUCAUAAACAUUUCCCCUAAAACUCCCUUCUCAGAGAGAAUGCUCCAUUCUUGGCACUGGCUGGCUUCUCAGACCAGCCUUUGAGAGCCCUGUGGGAGGGGGACAAGAAUGUAUAGGGAGAAAUCUUGGGCCUGAGUCAAUGGAUAGGUCCUAGGAAGUGGCUGGGGUUGAGAAUAGAAAGGCCUGGACACAAUGUGAUUACUCAGGCAUACCAGGUUACAGCUCCAAGUUCCACAGGUCUGCUACCACAGGCCAUCAAAAUAUAAGUUUCCAGGCUUUGCAGAAGACCUUGUCUCCUUGGAAAUGCCCCAGAAAUUUUCCACACCCUCCUCGGUAUCCAUGGAGAGCCUGGGGCUAGAUAUCUGGCAUAUCCCUGGCAUUGCUUCCUCUCCUUCCUUCCUGCAUGUGUUGGUGGUGGUUGUGGCAGGGGAAUGUGGAUGGGAGAUGUCCUGGCUGAUGCCUGCCAAAGUUUCAUCCCCCCCUCCCUGCUCAUCGUCCCUGUUUUGAGGGCUAUGACUUGAGUUUUUGUUUCUCAUGUUCUCUAUCGACUUGGGACCUUCCUGAACUUGGGGCCUAUCACUCCCCACAGUGGAUGCCUUAGAAGGGAGAGGGAAGGAGGGAGGCAGGCAUAGCAUCUGAACCCAGUGUGGGGGCAUUCACUAGGAUCUUCAGUCAACCCGGGCUCUCCCCAGCCCCCCAGAUAACCUCCUCAGUUCCCUAGAGUCUCCUCUUGCUCUACUCAAUCUACUCAGAGAUGCCCCUUAGCACACUCAGAGGGCAGGGACCAUAGGACCCAGGUUCCAACCCCAUUGUCAGCACCCCAGCCAUGCUGCCAUCCCUUAGCACACCUGCUCGUCCCAUUCAGCUUACCCUCCCAGUCAGCCAGAAUCUGAGGGGAGGGCCCCCAGAGAGCCCCCUUCCCCAUCAGAAGACUGUUGACUGCUUUGCAUUUUGGGCUCUUCUAUAUAUUUUGUAAAAUAAGAAAUAUACCAGAUCUAAUAAAACACAAUGGCUAUGCA